AGGACAGGGUCUGGUUUAAACCAGGCUAUUUUUACACUGGUUUUAAAAAAAAUUUUUUAUUAGAAAAUCUCCAUUGUCCAAAUCAAAUGCCAGCUUCUACCAGUUGGUGGCGCUAAUGUAUUUGUUCCUUUCAAAAAAGAGGAAGCGGCCACAGAGGAAGUCCAGUCCAGUCCAUCCCGUUGAAGCAGAGCUGAUUGAAGCAGCAGUCGGUUCGGCAGCUCAAAGCUGCUCCAAACCUGUUGGAAACCCAAACAUGGAUUUGAAGGGAGACGCCAUCUUGAAGGAUWCAUUUGAAGAUGGCUCCAGUGUUUCUUUUGCCUGUUCUCCUGGUUACUCAGCGGCUGCAGGGUCCGCAGUCAUCACCUGCUCUUCUGGGAAAUGGAGCACUCUGCGACUGAGAUGUGAAAGAAGUAACUGUGGUGCUUUUCCAGACRUGACUAAUGGAAAUGUUAACUACCCAGACGGGGGUACUUUGUUCACUGACAGAGCUGAAAUCACCUGCAAGGAAGGUUACAUAUUAGUUGGUAAGARCAUAACCUUGUGUGAAGCUCAAGGAUGGGCGGACAGGCCACCUGUUUGUGAAGUGGUGAAAUGUUCUCCACCAGGAAAUGUUGCAAAUGGCUUUUUUAGACCCAUGAAAGAAACUUACAGUUUCUCCGAAGCUGUGAUGUACGAAUGUGAAGACGAUUUYACACUUAGUGGAUCAAAGGAAUUAACGUGCUCAAAAGAUGAGAAAUUUCAACCUGGUCUUCCAAAGUGCAUCAAAGUUGAAUGUAAAGAUCCUGAAAUAAAAAAUGCUGAGUUUGUUGGRGGUUCUCGACCUCCACACAAGUCCUCUGCAACAGUGACGUACAAAUGCAAACCUGGUUACUACAUGAGAGGAGAGCCUACCYUGACAUGUAACAUAAAUAGUCAGUGGUCACCUGGAAUCCCAAAAUGCAUCAUGUCCGUAGCAGUCCUGUGGCUCCAGCACUUUUGGAUGUAAAAACUUUCUGUUAAGAGGAAUGUUCCAGACAAAUUUGCAAAUAUACACCAUCUCCAUGUUUAUAUACUGAGUUUAUGGAGAAAACUAGCUUCUGACUCAAACUGAGCUUCGGUUCAGUUUCUUGCUUUACAGUAUGAGGCUUGCUUGACUGAUUGAACACAGCUUUGAUAGACCACUUAUAUUCAGGUCCUGUUUUAGGUUGUUGUUUUUUUUUAUUAUCACUAACUCCACCUGAAAUGUUUGGACUUGACUAGAGCACUGGCAAGUUUUUGUUGCUCAAUCUAAAAGUCAAGCUAAAAGUUGAAACAUCUUUGAAUAAACCAUUUCACUUYAUUCCUGCUACAAAGCAGAAUGAUGAGUAUUGUACCAAAAAGUGUCACCACUGUGUAGCUGAAAAAUGUGAGGAGAUACCGUAAGAAAUUAUUAAGUAUUAAUUAAUAUUCCAUCAAAUAAAUAAAUGUGUGAAAUAAAACAAAAUCAACAUAUUAAAAUACAUUUCUUUUAGUAUGUCUUAUUUAUACAAAAACAUUUAGCUUAUUUAUUUAUUUAUAUUGUAGUUUUAAUUUGUGACACUUUUUGUGAAGCAACUUAUUUAAGGGACUCUUUUUUUAACUCCCCUUUUAUUUUAUUCUGUUUUAUUUCAUGUUUUUAUAUUCGAACGAGGAGGCAGAGUUUUGGUAUCCUGGAAAUAAUUGUUUACAGAAAUGAAAGUUUUAUUCUGCGAAGCUUCCGGUCCUCUGGUGGUGAAACUGAUCAUUUCAGGAAAACCAACCCACAGAGAAAACUCUGCCCCCUCAUAUCAAUAUAAACAUGAAAUAAAAAGGGAGUUAAAAAAAAAGCCCCUUAAAUAAG